AUGUUGGUAAAACUUAUUGAUCUUUCUGAUCAGAUGAGCUCUUAUUCUAACCCUCUUCGCCGCAGCCAGAAAUGGUAUAGAAAAGUUGCAUUAGACGCACUGUUAAAUAUAAGUGUUGUAAAUGCUCUUGUCUUAUUCCGAGCAGUUACCUCAUCAAAAUUAUCUAUAACAGACUUUAGAGCUCAACUUGUAGAACAGUUAAUCAAAAAAGAGUCUAUUCCAGAAAAUAUACCAGAAACACAUAAAUUAGUAAAAUCAAAUAGAAGUAAAUGCAGCAUGUGUUAUGCAAAAAUGGUUAUAGCUAAAGGCAGAACAUUUGCACAAAAACAUGUAAAUAAAACAUUUACAAAGUGUUUUUUAUGUGACAAGUAUUUUUGUAUGGAUUGUUUUUUUGAGGAACAUAAAUUUGUAAAAAAGUAA